AUGCCACAACAACCUGCAGAUAGUGACGAUGAAUUUCCAGACGAUAUCGGACAGUUGGACUUGAGUAACGUCCCAGGUCUUCAGGAAAUUCCGGCCCCAGCUUCGAUCAACCCUUUGGAUGAUGAUCCUCAUUCCACAGUGGUCGUACCAGCGCCGCCAUCGCAAUCAUCUACGUCAUCCCUACCCUCCGAGUACGACUGCGACGAUGAGAUAGAUGAAUCAACCAUCGCCGCUCUGGAUGCUCUCGAAGCACAGUUUGCACAUGGUCAAUCUCAACUCGGAGCUUCUCCUUUAACUGCUCAGCAGUUGAUUAGUACUCGCGCUGCUGUUCUUGGUCUAGAUGACCGCAAGCGUGGACCGUCGUCACCGCAAACAUCGCCCGCCAGUAAAAAAGGCAAGACAAGUGCCGAAGACAGCCAUGAUACAGCAAACAAAAUACUCGAGGGAUUCGAAACCGAGAUCAUGUGUCCGAUAUGCUUUGAUGUCAUGGUAGCAGCGCACCUAUGCAAUCCUUGCGGCCACAGUUGCUGCGGAGAAUGCGCUCAAGGCUGGAUAGCCCAGAAUAAAGCGUCUCCGGCAUGUGCAGUGUGCCGCGCUGCGUUGUCAACGCUCAAACCACUUCUUCCCAAUUAUUCCCUUGAUGCCGUAGUCCAGCAAUACAUCCGUGCUCUUGGCGUCAGCGGACGAUCAGAAUGGCAAGAAAAGGGAGACAGGUUAGCAGAGUGGACGAAGCGUCACGACAAAUGGAGGAGAAUCGCCCAAGCGAAUGCACUAAUGGUAAAGGCAAAAGAAACCGCUUAUCGUACAAGACGCUAUCAAGGCGCUAUCGUUUCCUACGUGCCACCAGUUUAUGAUUAUCUCGGAUCGUAUAACGAUGAUGAAGAUGACGAAGAUGAAGACCCAACCUAUGAAGACGAUGAGGUUGUGGAGAUUUUACCGCGCCGAAGAGUACUGAGACGGUAACCAACGUUCGUUCCAUGGCCUAUAUUCUUAAACGGACCUCAUUCGAUAUUCUAUAUUCCUGUCAUAAUUGUUACUUGUAGUAUCGUAGUCGCAGUUCACGUUGCCUGCUAUUCGCUUCAAGCAGCCAGCA